AUCAUGACUGGUCGUGGAAAGGGAGGAAAGGGAUUGGGAAAAGGAGGUGCCAAACGCCAUAGGAAAGUUCUACGUGAUAACAUCCAGGGCAUCACAAAGCCUGCCAUCCGUCGUCUAGCUCGUCGUGGCGGUGUCAAACGUAUUUCUGGUUUGAUCUAUGAAGAAACUCGUGGUGUACUGAAGGUUUUCCUGGAAAAUGUGAUCCGUGAUGCAGUAACGUACACUGAGCACGCCAAAAGGAAGACUGUGACCGCCAUGGACGUUGUGUACGCCCUGAAGCGUCAAGGAAGAACCCUCUACGGUUUUGGAGGUUAAAUUCCAACACCAUUAACCAUUUACAAAA